AUGGCCUCGUCGUUACAAAAGGGUCGCACAAGCUGCGACGCAUGCAAGGCCCGCAAGGUCAAAUGCGACUACGAGCGAGCCUUGCGCGACCAGUUGCCAGGAGAUGCCAGCCAAGUCUCCUGCUCCAGCUGUCGCACCUAUGGUCUUCCUUGCACCUUUACCAGGAAGCCGCGCAAGCAGAGAGUGGGAGCCAGGAUAGAAGAUAUCAGAAGGGGAAGCAGCGGUAGCUCAGCGCAGGGCUCAGCUCAGGGCUCGGCUCUCAGUCCCGCCUCAGCUACCAGCUACAAAUCCAAUACACCUUCAGCCCCAGGCAAUGCAAAUUUUGGGGAUCGUCCACCCUCCGCAGAUCUCUCACUAGACUUCCUAAAUACCCUCUCGGCUCAACAGCCAUCACCAGAACAAUCUCUUCUGAUACCUCCACGUGGCUUACUCGACGUACCCUUUCUCACCAUUGAGCUGCUCAAUGCCUGCCUCGCCGCCUACUUUGUCUGGAAUCAGCCCCUCAUACCCAUCAUCCGAUCAGACGAAGUUGCCAAGGGAUACGAAGCCUACAUCACUCUCUCACAAGGAGGUCUCACGGCCGAGCGAACUAUCAGCGCAGAGCUUCUCUUGGCUUUAGGAGCCCUUGGAGCUAGCUCCCUGGAGGAAGAGGGGGAAGCGCUCCUCUUUGGCUUCUGGAAUAAGCAUACUCUUCAGAGAGACCUCGUUUCACAAUUCUUGCAGCGCCUCAGAGUCCGUAGUUGGGCAGAGAGGGACGACGAGGAGGCACUCGAAGUGCUCACCGCCUGCUGGCUCCUCUCCUUCCGAGACGUUCAACUGCUGGGCGCCGUGUCGGAUGAUAUUGUCACUCGACCGCCGCUAUCUAGAGAGGCGCUCUCUACUAUGCUCUUCUCGCUACAGAUCAACAGAGCGCCCAGACUAGACGAGAGAGCACCUGCAGGUGGUGGCAGGUGGAGGAGCGGUAGAGGCGAGAGACUCUUGACGGAUGAGCAGGCUUCAGCACGCAGAAGGGUCUUCUGGGGUGUCUUCUUCAACGAUGGCCAUCGAGCCAUGAGUCUCCGCCAGCCGCUGAGCGUACCAGACGACGCGCACGACCACGAUCUCUUCUUCCCUGAGCUUCCCAGACCCGAAUCCCUCAUCUUCUUUCACGAAGGCGGCGCAACGAGUAUCCCGCCCUCACCCACCUUCGGCCAGGAUCGCCUCGAGUUCGAUCUCCUCUUCAGACGGUGCGCUGGACCGUUUGCCCUACUGGUCCGCAACGUUUGUCAGAGCUUCGUGUCCGUCCGUUCGCAGUCGCUUGGUGUGCCCGCGAGCGCAGCAAGAAAGGCGCUUGGCGCGUAUACAGCUUGGUAUGCUGGCUUACCCCCACCGCUAGUCAUACAUAAUCGCUUCCCCGAGAAUUGGCAGGAGGGGAGGGCCGCCAGACCCACUGGCCUCGAGCUGACCAAGCUCCUCAGAGUCCUCUUCCUGAUGAUGCUCUACCACUCGCAGCUCCUGGGCGCCUGCACAGCCGCGGAAGACUUUGGCGUCAGAGCAGACGAUGGUGAAGCCAGGGGAGGCAGAGAGGUGGAGAGUGACUCUGACUCUGUCGUGAGAGGACUGCAGGAUGCUGCGCUGGAGAGCUUGGCGCAGGUUGCGAGGAUCUCAAGAGUGGCAGGCACGCUGGGUUUGCUCAGGUGCGAUCCCGCCAUCUGUCGCGAUAUGCCCUCAAGCUUCAGUCUCUGGGCCUGCUCCAAGGUCACCAAAAGUCUCAAUGCCCGCGCCAGUGGUCAGCCCGACCUCUUCUUCACCCCCAGAAGACCUACACCAGCAGAUCUGCUGGGCUACGCAGAGGACGUGGCCUUUGGUGUCUCUACGGUGGACUCGGCGCUCGGCAGCGCGGAGAUGGCAGAGGCGCUACGUGCUACCAUCUCACAGGCGUGGAGGGGGCUUGGUCAACAGGUCGAGGUGCCCAUGUAG